AAGAAGGAGCCUCCUAAUUUCGGCUGCAUUCCUGCGACUGCCCCGCUCCGCGCCCGCGCUGCCGUCGCUGCGCCAUGCACUUGCUGGAGGUGCUGUCCCUGAGCUGCUGCCUGGCCGCGGGCGCCGUGCUCCUGGGACCCCGAGCGCCGGCCGCCGCCGCCGCCUACGAGUCCGGCCAGGGCUACUACGAGGAGGAGCCCGACGCGGGGGAGGCAAAGGCUCAUGGAAGCAAAGACCUGGAAGAGCAAUUGCGGUCUGUGUCCAGUGUGGAUGAACUCAUGACAGUGCUUUACCCGGAAUACUGGAAAAUAUUCAAGUGUCAGUUGAGGAGAGGAGGUUGGCAACACAACAGGGAGCACGCCAGCUUUGACACAAGAUCAGAUGAUUCCCUGAAAUUUGCUGCAGCGCACUAUAAUGCAGAGAUCCUGAAAAGUAUCGAUACUGAAUGGAGAAAAACUCAGUGCACGCCACGUGAAGUGUGUGUGGAUGUGGGAAAAGAGUUUGGAGCAGCUACAAACACCUUCUUUAAACCCCCAUGUGUGUCCAUCUACAGAUGUGGAGGUUGCUGCAAUAGUGAAGGACUUCAGUGUAUGAAUAUCAGCACAAAUUACAUCAGCAAGACACUGUUUGAGAUCACGGUGCCGCUGUCCCAGGGCCCCAAGCCCGUCACCGUCAGCUUCGCCAACCACACGUCCUGCCGCUGCAUGUCCAAGCUGGACGUGUACAGGCAGGUCCACUCCAUCAUACGGCGCUCCUUGCCGGCAGCACAAACUCAGUGUCAUGUGGCAAACAAGACCUGUCCGAAAAAUCAUAUUUGGAAUAAUCAAAUUUGCAGAUGUUUGUCACAGCAUGAUUUUGGUUUCUCUUCUUACCUUGGAGAAUCUGACACAUCUGAAGGAUUCCAUAUCUGUGGGCCGGGCAAGGAGCUGGAUGAAGAAACCUGUCAGUGUGUCUGCAAGGGAGGCGUGCGGCCCUCGAGCUGUGGACCUCACAAAGAGUUGGACAGAUCAUCGUGUCAGUGCACGUGCAAAAACAAACUGCUCCCUGCAUCCUGCGGGCCCAGCAAGGAAUUUGAUGAAGAGAGGUGCCAGUGUGUAUGCAAAAAGACCUGUCCUAGACAUCAGCCGCUGAAUCCUGCAAAAUGCAUCUGUGAAUGUAUAGAGUCUCCCAAUAAAUGCUUCUUGAAAGGAAAAAGGUUCCAUCACCAGACAUGCAGUUGUUACAGACCUCCGUGCACGGUGCGGACGAGACGCUGCGACGCUGGCUUUUACUUCAGCGAAGAAGUGUGCCGCUGUGUGCCUACAUAUUGGAAAAGACCACUUAUGAAUUAGCCAAGAGAGCACUACUUGCCACGCUGGUGUACACUUUUCCAUUAGAACAAAAGAGCAACAGAAACUUUGCUAAUAUUUGGAAUUAAAUGUUCACCAGGGACCCUGUGGGGCUUUCAGAGACAGACUCGUGCUUUUCUCAAGACGUGGAAAGCAAAUAUAGAAAACAACUGGGGUUCGCGUUUUGUAAAGAACUCAAUAAGGACUUGUUUUCUGUCAAUGACCAAAUGCCUAGGUUCUCCUUCUUGUGAUUUUUUUUUUUUUUAAGAGAUAAUGACUAUAUAAUUUAUUUCCACUAAAACCAUCGUGCAGCAUUUCUGUUUAUAGCAGUAACAAUUGUUAAAGCUCACUGUGAUCAAUAUUUUUAUAUCAUGCAAAGUAUGUUUAAAAUAAAAUGGAAAUCGUA